AAUGUCGCCGCGCUUAAGGAAAAGCAGUAAAAUCACCUUUUUAAUUGUUUUGGGGGAGGGGGUCCUCGCCAAUUACCAUCGGGGGGCACUUGGAAGUAGAAAGACCGAAUCUGCUGCCCACCGAUCGAAUUAAGUGAGAGGGAAACCGUUUGAUACAGUUUUUUGAGUAUCUUAUGAAAAUUUCCAGCGAUUGCAGAUAACCAGUAACAAUUCCGACGCGCUGUCUUUCACAUCGGGCGCUGAAUCGAGUGUGCGCGCUUUUUUUUACCGCUUCUUGUUUCCACCCCUAACCCCCUGGAUUACCCCGCAUGGGACGCUAUGGGUCUUGACUCCAUCGAAGUUUCACGUGUGUGACUUUGAAAAUCUAUUGAUAGUAUUGUGAACUGUAUGUGAAAGUGCACAAUGAAGAUAUUUUAUAUAUUAUUCUUUAUCUUCUUCCUACACGUCGAAGCUCAAAGAAGAACUCAAACGAGACAAGAUGCAACGAACGCAGAUACCCCAGUACGAGGAAGAGGAAGAUCAAGGUUCACCAACACAGAAACGUCAUACUCACAACCGUCCGAGACACCUAGCAGAAGAAUACCCUCAAGAAGAAGACAGGAGCCUUCUACCUCUGCACCUAUUGAAAAACCAAAUUAUCCAACCCCAUCAUCCUCCACUCAAAGUUACGCAGUUGAAGAACAUAUCGACGAGGGAGAUGCUCCAAAAUUGAAGGACCUGCCAGAACCCAACUUCGAACCGCAGUUCAUCCCUGAAAUCGAAGCUAAAUCAUCAGAGAGGCGUUCCUCAGCAGAAACCAGCGCAGAGAGAUAUUCUGAGGAGCAGGGGAUUCCAACUGUUAAAGUAGACACCGAUGGAAGUUCCCUAUUUAGAGAAGAAGACGUUCAGCCCAAACUAAACGAGAGAGUUGUCCCAAUAACCAGAAACAAUGUGAGGACUGGUGCUAGUAAAGAAGUGGAACGAAGAAUGGAUGUUAGGAAUGGGGGCUCAAGGAAUGGAGGCAAUAGGGGCUCCAGAAAUGGAAACACAAGAAACACAAACGAUAAUGCAAUUCCUGCAUCGCGAAACGGUGCUUCACGUUCUAGAAACAGCAACGAUAUACCCUCAAGAAGAACAUCAGUGAUCGAACAUUCAGGUCCGAUUUACAGACAAGAACCACCAAGUGAAAUACCUGCUCCUAGGGCCGAAAAUCCGAUCCUUACCAACAAAAUCUCAGACCCAAUCAAGGAUGAGAAUGAAAUUAGGAAAGAAAUCGUUCGAAACUCAGUUCCAAAGGUACCGCCCCCAAUUGGUAUAGCCUCAAUUCUAAGCGAGCCGCCAUUACCAAAGAAAACCGUCAAGAAAACGAUAAAAACAAGAGUCAACACUCAUUCAAGAAACGACGAAGCAGCAAUCCCAACUCGUGCAAGAUCCAACCAGAGGGUAGUAGAAAAUUUCGAAACUGCACCAAGAGUAGCCUCUAGGACUGUGGAAGAAUUUGGUGGAUCAUCCAGGGGAAGGUCUGCAAGUCCCCUGAAUGAAGACAGUCCACCGGUUAGAACUCGAAGUAAUGCGACUCCAAGAACUAUCGAAGCCUCCACUUUAGGUAGAUCUAGGACUAGAGCCACUAGAAAACCAGCUGAAACUGUACAAACUGUAACUAUACCAUCGAGAAGAGGUGGAAGAAGAAGAACGGAGUCAGCUACGACAAGCGCAAUACCUCCAAGAAGAUCCCCUUCAGUUUUUCCCACAGCUGAAGAAUCUCCUUCGAGUAGAUCGAGAACAGGUAGGAAAAUUGAGGCUGAAGUACCAAAAGCACCAACAGAUUCGAAGCAGAAUACCAGACAAGCUAGCAGCAGGGGGAGAAGUAGAGUCCAAGCUUCUCCAGACCAAAUUGGUAGUAGCAGCAACAAAAGACAAACUUCAAGAUCUAGUGAACAUGUCACCAGGUCACCACGUCAAAGAUUCAACGCUAGAUCACCCCCAAACAUCGAUGAAUCCAAGCUCGAGGUGCUACCACUUUUCGAAGGCGAAACCAAACUAGUAUCGGAAUCUGGAAGAAAGCCUAAUCAGUUGGACCAAUUCAUCCCAUCAGAAAACGAGGUAAGAGUGAUAAACCCACCGGAAAACGCUACACCUUCCAUCUCCACAAGUUCAGACGUGUCAACAUCCAGUAAAAUAUCGAGUGUUAAGGUAACGUCUAGGAGAAAGACGCACAGGAAACAGGAAGUAAAGGAAUCGGUUGUGUCUCAAGUGACAGAGGUGACAUCUAAGAGGACAAUCACGAGGAAACCCAUAGCAAGACCUGGUGGUAAACGAUUGACCACCAAAAAAUCAUUGGAAACGAAGUUUAAUGGGUUGACCAGUUCGGAAGAGGACAUAAGUGCCUCUGAUAAUUAUCCAGAGCCCUUCAAGGCCCUUCUUCAGUCCAAGAAACACGAGAAGGAGUCAAGGCCGUCUAACGUACCAGAAGAAGAUACAAAAACGAAGAAGAUCGAGUCAGUCAGUUCUUCAGUAGCACCUAGAUCAGUGUUGGCCUCUCCCAAGGCACCAACUAGAACCACGACCUCUCCUUUAAAAUAUGUCGAAGACUUGGAAAACGAAGUACAGCCCAAAGCGCCAACCACAUCGACAACAUACAGACCAACGAAGAAACGACUAUCGCCAAGUUUCAAGAAUCUCGAAUUGAAAAACAAAAAAUACACGACCACGCCAGUUGGUAAAACAGUGUCCAGGUCCACUUUGGCACCCGCUAAAGAACCAAAGGAUCACAAAUUCCAUUCGAAAUUCAGUUCGGUCUCGAAGAAACCUCUAAAUAGCGUGCCAUCCAAAGGUCUGUCUUUCAACAGGAAGAGCAAGGAGAACGAUAAAUACUCCACGAACAAAACCAGGAAUGCUGCCGAUGUUGGGAAUAAUAGGGGACAGUCUACAUCCGCUCCACUCCACAAAAGCAGUCGUUACAGCUCAAGAUACAGGUCUGGAGGUUCAUCCAGGACCGUAGCAAGGUCGUCAACAGCUCCUCCAGCUUACAUCCCAACAAUUCCUUCAGUACGGUCCUAUAGCGCAACGGUGAAACCCAAGGAGGAUCCUGAAGUAGGAUUAGAGUACAUUUCGUUCGACAUUCCGAGUCGUGGUAUAUCAUCCGCUAACUUGAUAAAAGGAGAAUAUCAAGCUUCCGAAGAUGCUAAUUCUAAUUCCUUGGACGCCAAACAGGAAAAGAGCUUCCAAACCACAGAGAAACCGGUGUCCAUCAUCGAGAGAAUCAUAAAUUCGAUCACAGGAAUAAACAUCACAACGGAACCGACAAUUGUCAAUUACGCACCUUCGUCUUCGCCGGAACCAACCAAAAGCUCGGCCAUUCUUAGUCUGGCACCGAAGAAAUCACACGAGAAAUCAUCCAGACCUGACGACACGACGCAACAAAAACUAAAAUCGAAUAAGCGAGACGCUUCUACCAGCGAAAAACCGACGACAAUAAUACAAAGAAUAUUAGAUUCACUAUCGGCCAUUCAGGCUGCAACCACCACUGAAACCACUACGGUCACAACGACAGACAAUCCGAAACAAGUAGGUACCAAUUUUAACACACUAAGCGCUAGAACCACCACACCUAGCAAUUUAGAUUUAGAAACUGCAUCUUUUUCUUCGACACUGGCACAGAGCACCACUAUCAAUCCACUAGUGGUACUAGAUAACAUCUCCGACGAGCAAGUGUUACAGAAGAGAACGAUAGGCAAACUCUUGGACAUUUUGAACUCUCUAACUACCCCACAUCCUGACUCAACUAAGCUCCCUGAAACGACUAAACUGGUUUAUGUUACACCGAAACUAUCUAACUUUCUGUAUGCAACACCCUCUGUCAGUUCUUCUGGUACUUUGAAACCUUUAACUGGUGACUUAAAAACUGAAAAAACUAUGGCUUCCCCUGAACCCUUCACGUCUUCUAUUCUGAAUACUGAUUCUACUCUAGGUGAUAAUAAAACCGAAAGUACCUCUACUGAGGUACCAUCAACAACCACAACAGUAUCCCCAACCACCUCAGCUACAGAUUCACCCUUAUCCAUAUCUUUGGCUCUCUCAACAAUUCCACAAUAUAUAGAAGACAAUAUACUUUAUUCCACAACUCCGAGAAUACAUCCGAUUAUUAUGAAUAUACAAAGUUUUCUCGCUAUGAAUCGUUUCUCUUCCACAUCUGCCCCUCUCGAUAGUACGACAUCAGAGCCAAUAACUUCUAAUCCACCUUCUGCAACUUCACUCUUUACACCUGCUAAAAGCAGUAAUACUGAACCAUCAAGUACUAUGGAACCAUCUAGUACUAUGGUAUCAUCUAGUACUAUGGUACCAUCUAGUACAAUGGAACUAUCUGUUUCUAUGGAACCAUCUAGUAGUAUGGAACCGUCUAGUAGUAUGGAACCAUCAAGUAGUAUGGAACCAUCUAGUACUUUACCUUCAACAACGACCGUUGUACCAAAACCUGCUACUUCACCUAUGACUUCCCCAAUUCCGACUUCUACCGAGGUACCACUUAGUACCUCUACCAGUACUAUGACUAACACUCCAACUACUACUAUUGCAACGACAACUGGAAUGACAGCGAGCGAUGUCACUCAACAAACGAGUACCCAUUCCUCAAGUACUGAAGUACCAAGUACUACUCCAACUGAAUCAUCUACGAUUACUGAAAGUACAGUACCAAUGGAUGUGACCACAGUGGGUAAUUCUGAUACUUCAGAGGCAACAACUGGAAUAUCCAGUACGGAGAGUGUUUUCUCGUAUUUCUCGACUAUACCCACGUUCUCUAGAUUUGAAGUGAGCCCAGACAGCGUGUCAAUAUUCUCAGCUAAUGAUCUUUUUUCCAAUGCCAUCACCCCCGAUGAUUUCUUGACAAGUACUAUUUCAAUUCCUGGAAAAGUAUCGGAUUCUUAUUUUACCACUGGAAAAACUACUUAUCCAAAUAGCGAUGACAAAGCUGCGAAUACCAAACAAAACUCUAUUAUGUCUUCUGAAAAAACGACGUCUCCUACUACAACUACUUUUACCACGCAAGGUAGAAUGACGAGUACUCCAACAGACACUGUAAAAACUACUUAUCCAACCAUCGAUGACAAAGCUGCGAAUACCAUACAAAACUCUAUAAUGUCCACUGAAAAAACUACGUCCCCUAGUACAACUACUUUCACCACUCAAGGAAGAAUGACGAGUACUCCAACAAACACAGUCUUAACAACGACAGUUAGCGUUUCACAAACUACUUCCAAAUCUAACAUAGUACCAACUGAAGACAAUUCAACUCCUUCUUCUGUUGUAACAACUGGAAUGUCUGUAAAUACUUCUAACACGCCUUCAACUACUUUGUCUCCUAUCACCAACGGUACUACACCCGGCUCUGGACGCAUGGGAAAAUUACUACAGAAUGUAGAGGACGAGGUAUCGAACAAUAUAGAUACUUCAUCUAUGGGGCCAGACUUCUUCAUAUUCGCAGUAUUACCAAAUAAUACGAUCUUAAGAAAAAGACCUCUUGUCUACCCUAAAGAAACACCAUUUGUGAUAGUUGGAGUGUAUCCUAACAAUACUGUUAUUAGAAAGUAUCCAAAUGGCACCCUUAUACCGAUGGAACCUGUUAUAAGGGUAAGAGGUUUCGAUACUAGAGCCAAUCCUCCACCCUUGCCAGAUAUAACAAGUAACCAAGUAACACCAGACAAGGGGAACGAAAUGGAUAACACAAAACUCGAAAUGGUGAGCACAACCCCCACAAGUACUGUAAAUAGUUUGAUUUCCACCACAAAUAAACCAGAAAUUAUACCAAACACUAUUGGGAUGACAGCAAUGAUGGAUUCAACAACUGUUGAAUCCUCGACUGAAGAAGAAACAUCUUCUUCUAAUACUGUCAUUCCUGACAAUGUUAUCAGCAGCACUACACUUGUUCCCUCCACCACCCUACCUUCAAUAUCGGAAUUGCUUAACGGGAAAACAGUCCAGGCCUAUAAUAGCCUUGUAAAUAAUACGUCCCCUAACCAGGAGUCCACAACAAAGGUUGAUGAUAACGCAAUCAGAAGCUCAACAACUACAGCUCUCCCAACAGUGAAUACAGUAACUGUCGUUCCUUUGAACGUGCCAUCAAGUACUGCAAUUCCAUCGUUCUUGAGUACACUCAUUACAACUCUUCAAUCGAUUGGAACGACCAGAUUGCCUGUUGCUCCGACAACGCAAUUUCCCUUCAGGUUUUCCUCAACUUAUCGCGCACCUUUAUCAACAACCAUCAUGACAACAAAUGCUCCAACCACCACCACUGUUCUUCCUACUACAACAGUUCCAACCACAACAAAGGCAACCACAACCACUAGAGCAACUACAACCACUAUGCCAACUACAACCACUAAAGCAACUACAACCACUAUGCCAACUACAACCACUAAAGCAACUACCACCAGAAGAAUAACUACCACAACUAUGCCUCCAACCACUACUUUACCCCCUACGACGACUACAACAAUAGUUCCUAUGACAACUACCACUACUACACCUAUGGUUAUGAUGAGUGAAGUACAGGAUUCAUCCACACCUCCCCCUUUCACUAGCAAACCAGCGGUAUCAUCCAGAACAGGAAAGGCACUUCAGUCCACAACUCUAUUCCCAUAUUUCAAUCCUAGCGACUUUCCCCUGUUAUCAUUCUUCAGCACUGAAAGACCCAGAAGGACCAAUAACGAGGAAAGUACAACCAUCAAAACAACAACACAAGCACCGACAACAAUUACUCAAAAAACAACCACUGAAAAAGUUGAGACGACUAGUGAAAGUUUGGAGGAACUAUUGAAAAAACUGAUCGAUAGUAUCAAACCCAGGAAAAAAUUGACAGAACAACAGAAGCAAGAUUUGGAGAUGAUAAGACGUUUGGAGAAAGAACAGGCUGCAAUAUUGAAGCAACUGUCGCUUUUGACCAAUUUGAACUUGAACAAUUUUGGAAACGGAGCCUCUACGGGCAAUUUGGCGAACAGGAUAAUCUCUCUGGCAAAAGAGAGGGACAGUAGAAAAGUUAAAACUCCAACUACGAAACCAACUACCACUACUACUAGGAGGACAACUACCACCACCACAGAACCCACCACAACAGUAAGAUUGCAAUUGGAAGAUGAGGCUGAGAAAGAAAGAAUGAGGCAGAUUGAAAACUUGAUCAAAUUAUUGAAUAUGAACGGUGUUACACCUUCUCCAAAGAAAGAAACCACAUAUGGUACUUCCAAUGAUGCGAUACUUGCUGCUUUACUGAAGGAAAGGGGUAUUGGACCAUCGACUCCUAAACAAUUGGCCGACCAGCUUGAACAAUCGGGAUUCUUCACAACUAACGAAGUAACUGCUGCAACAACAAAAAAACCCACAGUUAGAACAACGAGAAAACCCAGAACAACCACCCAACCCACACGUGGACCACUCCUUCAGCGACUAAACUGGCUCCUUGACGCAUUCGCGCCACCACCAACGAAAGCACCAUCAAGAAAGCCCAAAACGACAACGAAAAAGCCAAAACCGAAAGUCGAGGAAGACAUCAUGACCAAUGAACCCACGCACUUAACGCCGAUGGUUUCACCGCCACCUAAAACGAGUAAACCGAAUUCUCUGACCCAAGACGACAUUCAGAAGCUCAUCAAGCAGCUCGAAGCCAUACAGAAAGAUCCAUCUGCUGCUAAAAACCUGGAUUUGACGUCUUUCAAGAGCUUGCAGAGCUUGAACAAGGAGAACGUCCAAGUGUUCAUGCCUGGUUCGAGUGGGGUGUCAGAGAGGGAAACCACAAAACCUGUUACUAGGGCGGUUUCACAGAAAAAUAAGGUAACAACCACGGAAUCUCCUGUGGUGGAAACUACAACAAGAGGAAGAGCAAGAGCAGUUAGGACGUCGACUUAUGCUCCAACACCAGUGAGUAAUAGUUUAUCAGAUGAUGACGAAGUGGUUGCUCCUACUACUAAGGGAAGAGUGACCAUUCCCCCAGUUAGGCUGAGACCAGUCAGUGGAGUAUCUGAUGACGCUGGAUCUAUGGUGAGGGGAAGACUGUUAACUGCAGCAGUUAACGUGACAAGGGCUAUUUCUGGAUUCUUGGGAUCAGCAUUCCAGGAUGCAGUGAAAAAUUUAGCCCGAUCAUUAUCCAGUGGAUCUUUGGCGAACAUUGCUGGAAGUAGUUCAGUCCCAAACAGCGAUGUUACGUCUAUUGACGAAGAUUAUUCUUAGUCAAAAUGAGCGGUAAAUGAAUGCAGCAACAUCCUUCCAAACCAUAAUGGGUUCAGGUUCCAGAAUUGUUGGAAGUGUUGCCAGAGGUUCGUCAGCCAGUGUGAGGGAUGGCGAAUAGAAAUGUGCUAUAUUACGUAGCUAAGUCUUAUUUAUUUUACCACUAAGAUUCUUGUAACUAUCCUCAACGAAAGCUGAGUCAAUUUCGAGAAUACGAAUUUCUCAUUUUAUCUUGGAUAUCACACAUAAGCGAUAUUUUGCAUGUAGAGUAAAUGAAAUGACUGAUAAUUAUACGUGAUUUGAUGGAUGUUAUCGAAGUUUGAUUGUGUUUUAGUCGUAGGUAAUGAAUUUUAUGUUUU